UCGCAAGCACCACCGCCCACAGUGAAGACAUGGAGUCAGCCAUGGCCCUCGCGCUCGCCACGACCCCACUCGCGCAUCUCGCCCUCGCCCCGCCCCCGAUCUCCGGCUCCCAGUCCUCGCUGCUGCUGCUCCCGCGCCGCCCGUCGCCCGCCUCCGUCUCCCUCUCCCUACGUUCGCGCCUCACCGCGGCAGUCGCGACCAAGGAACCCGAGCUCGGCGGCGGCGGAUCGGAGGGCGGCGACGGUGCAGGAGGGAGCGGCGGCGGCGGCGGCGACAGCGACCCGAGGGAAGGAGUUCCGGAAGGGGAAGGGGAGGGGGAGGAAGAGAAGAUGGGGCAGGGGCUAUCCAUGUCGCAGAAGCUCACUCUCGCCUACGCCGCGCUCGUCGGAGCUGGUGGUGUGAUGGGAUAUAUGAAGAGUGGAAGCCAGAAAUCCUUGGCUGCAGGAGGCAUAUCAGCCCUCGUCCUGUACUUCGUCCACACUCAACUCCCAGUGAGGCCUGUCUUUGCAUCAUCAAUCGGUUUAGGUAUAUCUGCCGCACUACUGUCAGUGAUGGGGUCUCGCUUCAAGAAGUCCGGGAAGAUAUUCCCAGCCGGUGUUGUGUCACUCGUGUCCCUGGUCAUGGUCGGAGGCUACUUCCAUGGGAUCUUGCGUAGCUCCCAUGCUUGAUACAACCCGUUCCCAUCACACCACUGCACUACACAUUGGCAUUGUUUAUCAUGUUUUCUGUUUCGUGCACUUUAGGCACCCUUCGUUGUUUUAAAAUCUUCUGAUGAACUUUUUCACUCUUUGGUGGAUGUUUUAAGUGUUAUUAGUGUUACCGUUCUCAAGUUUAGUUCAUGUUCUGUGCCGCUGUGGGACAGAUAGCCAAUAAGCAUGUGACUGUGAGCUGGUAGUGGUGAAAGACGAACAUGUUGAAAAUCAGUUCUAGGUCCUGAUCUAAUAUUCCGGUGAACUGGGCCAGCUGACCA